GAAAUAGGGAGUAGGUGAGGAUCAUUUGUAAUAGAGCUGUGAUCGAAAACUUUCACUUAAGACUUGUGCGUUAUGUUCUUGAGUCGUUAAUUGUUUCUAAAGGGAUUUCUAUUUUAGUAUUCUUUCCAACUACUGAAUGAUACUACAGAAUAAAUACUUUGAAGAGUCAAAAUCAUUCUAUUUUAGGAAAAUUGGUUAUUCAUUUGUCACAAUGUCGGAUGACAGCCAGAGUAGACGUAACCUUGUUUUUCAAAGUGAAGAAGAGAGGAAGGCGGUUCAAAGAAAAAUUUUGGCUGAGAAGUUUGGUUUGAAGAUUGAAAGUGACGAGGAAGAUAUCGCCGUCACAAUUACCCCAGAGACUACUGGAGACCACGUUGCAACGAGUGAAAGUUUGAUACAAACACAAAGAACUGAUAUUUCUCAAGUCACUCCCAGUCGUCUUCCAACUUUUGAUGAAAUGUUCUCUGAGAAAAGCACCGAUGUGUCUUUGAAACAACAAGACACCGCCACUACUCCUUCAACAUGUGAGUGGAGUCCCCUAAAGAUGAUGAACGUGGAAUACGAAGAUGCAGUUCUUAAUGUGACUCGCAAAGAUCUUGCUCCAGUUGGCAGAUAUAUUCCUAAGCGUGAUGGCGUUUUUUUCUACGAUAAUCUUCAGAGUUCAACUGACGACCUUAGUGAAACUGAAGGGGACCUUAGAGUGACGCCCAUCACAGUAUACAAUUCAGUGGCCAAUGAUUACAACGGUAGAAGAAUAGCCGUUAAUAGCCACCUUAUUACAUAUGCAGUGAAGAAUCAUAUUCGUGUACUGUCCCGUUUUACAGCUUCCAAGGAACUGCUAAAGGGACAUAACGAUGAAGUGAUUGAUUUAGAAUUUGCAAGAUUUGAUGAGCGUUAUUCUACUUUGAACAAUGAUAUUUUUGUCCUGGUAUCCUCAGGAAAGGAAGGUUGUGUGUUUGUUUGGUUCCUUGAGGUAGAUAACGAGAAUGCUUUUCAUUGUGUGGGUCAUUUGAGGUUUGACCAUCCGCAACGAGAAGAAGGGAAUUUUUUUCGUCGUAUUGCUUUCCAUGGUGACGAAAAAUAUUGCAAAAUUGCAGUAGCAGACGCAAAGACUCCAAAAAUCUUUGUUAUUAUCACAUGUAAUAUUACAAAGAGGUUACAAAACGAACCUGCAGCUUUUACAGCUGUACAUGAAGAAGAAGAGCCUAUCGUUUGUCUACAAGAAAGAAUUUCAAGCUCAGAAACUAGUCAUAUGAACGAUUUGAUAUUCAAAGAUGCAGAUCAUUUGCUAUCAGCAGGUAUGGAUGGAAUUCUGUAUCUUUGGUGUCUCUCAACGAGAACUUUGCUGCUAAAAUAUGCACAUUCGACUGUUUUGGAACCAAUAUCUUGUAUUUCUUUACUACGGAGCUCAGUUGUUCAUGAUAUGAUCGUCGUUAUUCGUUCCUCUGGUCAUCAUAUCGAACUGUUUGAGCUUCGAACUCCUGAUAGUGAAUGGAAUGACUGGAGCUUUGUUCUUUCACAAAAAAUUACUUUGGAAAAUGUUACGAAUGACGAUGUUUCGGUAUCAUGUUGUAUUGAUGACCAAAAUGAAUUUUUAGUGUUCACAAACAGUGCAUCGAAGCAAAUGAUUGCUUUACAUUUUAGUUGUGAAGAGAAAAUUUACGCAGAUUUUAUUUCUCGUUUUCAAGUUCGCUAUCCAAUCUUGUCAUUCUGUGUGACAAGAUGUGGUCGCAAGAUACGUUAUGUCAAUGAAGAUGAGAGCUGGGAAGGUUCUGAGAUAAACUUGAUCGAGGAGAUUGGGAUUUGGUGUGUACAACCAAAGUCAAUUCAAUAUUUGCAUCUUUAUGCAGAUAAAUGCAGACCGUCAUCCAAAUCCUUAGAGACUGAAAUACUCGAUCAGUCAUUCUCACUAUCACCUCAUGGAACUGAGGAAGCAGCCAUAUCGCCCAACCAAACAGACAUCGAAACAUUUGAAAGCUCUAAAGAGGCCAGUCAAUCGGCCUGGAAUACUUUGCAUUCAUCUGAAGCUGACAAAGAGACGAAUGCUGGAUUGGAUGAAAGAAGUAAUGUAAACGUCGACCCCUUAAAUACGUUCAAGUCCAAAUCUGACAAUACAGCAACUGCGGCAUUUCCAAGAAGGAAAUCGACUAGUUCAGGUAUACGUAUAUUGUCCAAAAAGGAAGCUGCUGCCUCACAGUUCGGAAAUACCAAACAAAGUCAUCCUGUAACUAUUUUGAAGAAACCUAGUACAGUUUCUCAAAUCAGAAAGGAGACUGGUUCUUCAAAUAGGGCAGAUGUAUAUAACGCUGCAAGUCAACAGCCGUCACAAGUUUCAAUAGAGACUUCUGGCAUUAACCAAACCGCAUCAUCUGAUCCUGGUUUUCAAAGAAACAAUACUUCUUCAGACGCUUUUCAUAAGUUUAAGCAACAAGUUUUAGAAGAAGUGGAACUUUCUUCGCGAAGGAGUUUCGAAGCAAUUGCUCAGCAGCUAGAAAAUGAAAGAGUACAAAGAGAAAAAUUGGAAAGGGAAAAGUUAGAAAAGCUACUUGGAGCAGUCUCGGAUACCGUCAAUCAUCGUUUAGAACAAUUUGUGAACAGCGCCUUGGAGAAGGAAAUAGAACAGACAGUGGUUCCGAGGCUAAGUGAAACCGUAGCGGAAACUUUUCAAAAGUGGACUAGGAGUGAUAAUGUGGAACAGCUUUUGAGUCAACUGCUUGAGGCUCAAUUCGGAAAUACACUCGAUUCUGUUGUAAGAAAAUCAUGUGAAGAAUUGUUUGAGUCUCGCUUGGUUCCAGCCUUUGAAGCAGCUUGUCGAGAAAUGCUGAAUCAAGUGGAUUCUGCAGUAGUCGAAGGUUUUCAACGUCAAGUCGAGUUUCUUUUGAAGAGAGAUUUUUUCGACCCUAUAAGUGGCAUGCAAGAGAAGAUAUCUUCCAUUUUAGAGAACUUAAAGGUCCAGAGUGCUGAAUCCAAAGAAUUUUCUUCAUACAACACACGAGAUGAAACACAAACUACUCUCGUAUCAAAGGAAGUUUUGCAAACUCAAAUGUCGGAAUUAUUAGGACAAGAGAAUUAUGAAGGAGCAUUCCUUUUAGCUCUUGGUGCAAGCAAUUUGGACAUCGUGGAAUGGCUUUGCGAAAAGUUAGACUGCCAUGCCCUGUUUCAAGCUGAUGAGCCUCCACUUUCACAAGUAACAUUACUUUCGCUCAUUCAGCAGUUGGGUUUUGACCUUCAAAGACAAACCGAAUUGAAAAUAGAGUGGUUGAAAGAAGCUGUUAUGUUGUUGGAACCUUUGGAUGAAAUGAUUCAAGACUAUCUUCCGGAUAUACUCUCUAUGUUGGUGCAGAACUUGCAAAAUCUACUAGAAAAUGGUAUUCGUAACUCUCAACAGUCUCUUUCAACUCAUUUGCAACGUAACAUCAAAGUACUGCUUCACAUAUGUCGUUCGUUCGAGAAGAAUUCUUAAUUGAUUGGACAAAAGUUCACUCAACUGC